UCUGGAGGUGGAGUUAAUCAUUCUGAGACACCUAUGUUAUUCUGUUUUAGAGGUUGUGAGUUUCCAAUGAGCAAGAUGGAGAAAGUCGUGUUGGUGACAGGUGCCAAUAGUGGCAUUGGUUUGGCUCUUUGUGAGCGCGUCCUCCUGCACAGCAGCCGGAUCCGCCUGUGUCUGGCUUGUAGAAAUAUGCGGCGAGCUGAAGCAGCACGGGCCGGUUUGCUCGUCGCUCACCCUGGCGCCGACAUCUCUAUCCUCCGGCUCGAUGUGAGCAGCGUCAAGUCUGUCCUUGAAGCAGCUAAGGAGAUCAAAAAGAGAUAUCAAAGACUCGACUACCUCUACUUGAAUGCUGGGAUAAUGCCCAAUCCUCAGAUUAGCUUCAAGGCUUUUUUCAACGGCUUAUUCUCAAGGAAGGCGAUUAGCAUGUUUGCGACAGGAGAAGGUCUCCUGACACAGCAGGACUGUGUUACUUCAGAUGGAUUGCAGGAGGUUUUUGUCACCAAUCUCUUUGGCCAUUUCUUACUGAUCAGGGAGCUGGAGCCAAUGUUAUGCCAACCUGGUCGCACAUCCCAGUUGAUCUGGACAUCAUCUAGUAAUGCCAGGAGGUCAGCUUUCAGCUUGGAAGACUAUCAGCACAGCCAAGGAGUGGAACCUUACAGCUCUUCCAAGUAUGCCUCUGAUCUUCUCAGUGUGGCUUUGAACAGGCAUUACAACAAACAGGGAUUGUAUUCCACAGUAAUCUGCCCGGGACUUGUGAUGACAAAUUUAACCUAUGGCAUUCUACCUUCAUUUUUCUGGACCCUAAUCCUUCCCAUUAUGUGGCUAAUCAGGAUCUUCACCAACACUUUCACACUUACACCUUACAAUGGAGCAGAAGCACUGUACUGGGUGUUUAUUCAGAAACCUGAGGCCUUGGAUCCCAGAGCAAAAUACCACAGCUUAACCUCAGGGUUUGGAAACAGCUACACAGAGCCCAAAAAAAUGGAUAUUGAUGAAGAAAUGGCAGAAGCAUUUUAUGUGGAAUUACUACGGCUGGAAAACCAGGUCCUGAGAAACAUAACACAGGAGAAGAGGAACUCUUCAAUAAGACUACAAAAGGCUCAAAGAAAUCAAGACUUUAUUGCUUGAGGCAUUGCUAAAACAGGAUAAGAAGAGCACUUUUAGGGCCUUGCAAUAUUAUGAAAAAUAAAAUGUACGCACUUCUAACAUAAUUCUGGCAUAGUUUAAAUAAAGAGUGUCAGUUGUUGAAAA